AUGGAUCGCGGGAAAAGGAUUGAAACUCUCAUCUCUGGAAAUCGAAUCAUCCAUAUCGAAGGACUCGACAGGCUUGUUAACCUGGAGCAGCUAUAUCUUAGCCAAAAUGGCAUAACAAGCAUCAAAGGCCUCGACAAUCUGAAGAAGUUGCAGACACUCGACCUUGCUUCGAAUAUGAUUGAUAAAAUAACAAACAUAGAACACCUCGACUUAUUAGAAGAAUUUUGGUUUAAUGACAACAGGGUCUCCAGCUGGGAUGAACUCAAAAUUCUUACAUCUCUAAAGAGUCUGCAUACUCUCUAUCUUGAACGAAAUCCUAUUUACUAUGCUAACGCAGAUAAAACAAAAAUGAAUCCAGACUACCGUCGCAAAAUUUUGCUGCUUCUCCCUAAACUCCGCCAGUUGGAUGCCAAUUUAACUGGAGUUGGCCUGUGA